CAGCGGAAAUCAUGCGUUAUGGUGGGUGAUAAUGAUUUAGCACUGAAGAUAAUUCAUUCUAAAUAGCUGUAAGCGGGUUAAGACACAUUCGUCAAUCGUUUCCUCACUUUUUUAGCCACUAAUUACAGUCGUGCCAGUCUCCGACGCGAGAAGGAAACACGGAAAGUGAACGAAGAAUUCGUCUUCUGUCUAAUUUAACAUCACCGUCGCGCCGCUCGCACAGCUGCCUAUUCAAAUGCAAGUAAGCAAAACACACACUUAGAAGCGGAUAAGGUCACCCAUCUCCACACUAAUGGCGACUCAGGAGGAUUUUAGUCUACAUGAAGUUGAUCCAGGACUAUUUCUUUGUCGUGAGCGAUUCUACGUAUCGAGCAACCAAGCGAAUAUUUGGGUUGUGAAAGGCUCUGCGAAAGAUCUUGUCAUUGAUACUGGGAUUGGAUUGUGGGAUUUGCCGGGAUUUCUGAAGAAAGUAGGCGCCAUAGGAGACAAGCCGUACGAAGCAAUAGCAACCCACGUUCACUUCGAUCACGCUGGUGGUUUGCACCAGUUUGAGCAUUUCGGUAUACACAAGAAUGAAGUGAACGCCAUUUCAAUUGGCGACAACUACGAAGCCGUGACUUUUGUCAAUGAAGGAGAAGUCUCAAAGCCCCCAAAUGAACAUUUCAACGCAAGAAAAUUUAAAAUCUUAGCAGCACAACCAACAAGGGUUCUAGAGGAUGGUGAUAUUAUUGAUUUGGGGAAUAGGAAAUUGCGCGUAUUGCAUUUACCCGGGCAUUCUCGCGGUAGCAUAGCCCUGUAUGAAGAGGAAAGCAAGACUUUAUUCAGUGGCGAUAUCAUUUACGACGGAAUGAUCAUAGACUGGCUGCCAUUUAGCAACCUCUCAGAUUAUACAAACUCCUGUCAAACAUUAAAAGCCCUAGCACCCAGCGUGGAACGUGUAUGCCCGGGGCACUUUAACAUAUUUGAUGGGAAGACAUUGAAGCGUUUGUUGAUAACAUACAUGGAUAGCACCCAGAACUGCCACAAGUUUGGUGCUGGGUGCCUUAGUGCGGUUUCAAGCGUUGUUCUCAAAGGAAGAAACACUAAUAAUGUCCCAGCAAAAUGCUGCUUUUUCUGUUGCUGUUGUUGUAAAUGUCUGUGUCUCUAAAAUAAUACUUGCUUUCAUUUCUGCGAACAGAAAACUCAAUUAUAAAAGACGAGGUUACUUCAGACAUUACCUGGGGCCACAGAUCCACAAAACACUCAGAGUAAUGAUAUUUUCGCCACAAUAUACAAAACAAAAUAGUUGACUUAAGCUAAAGUACCUUUUUUAAAAGCUCAGAUAAACGCACGGGGAAUUUCGCGUUGGAAAUUCAUAGAAAAUAUUCCUUUCUCCUUUGACCACUGAUUAACAUAAAGUAAUAUGCUUCCUUCGGCAAUUACAAAACGUUACAUCCAUUAUUUACUUAGCUUGCGAUAGAAAUUUGAAAUUAAAAUUUCAAAUAAAAGUAGUCGCAAAUAAAUCGAUGUGAAUAAACAGAAAAGUGGGAGGUAAAAUUUAGUCAUCCAUUACUUUCAUACUGAUAUAUUAUACUGAUGAUGAAGAGAGGUUGGUAUGUUUCAUUGAUUGAAAUUCAGUCUUUUAAAAUAAGGAAAAUUACUUUUGACAUUCUAACACAAUAUCUGCAUCCAGAUCUGCAUCAGGCCAAAUUAAUAUGACCUCUUUUGACAAAGCAAAGUAUUAAAAAAAGUACAAAAAAAGAAUAAAUAUUGAUUAACGAGCGGCAAAA